GUAGCAGAAGCUGAAAGAGCUGAACACUAAACAAAAGCGAGAAGAGUCAAGAUAGAACAUUGGACGUUUAGUGAAGAUUACGUGACCUAUGCACUGGAAAAUCUGGUUUAUACUAUCAGAUUAUUGGCGGCGUUGUUAGCCCAGGCUCCCGGCCUUUAGCUAGCCUAAGGAGGCUAAUCUCCAGUGGGGACCCGCUGGGAGGCGCGCCGGGCUGUGCGCUAAUGGCACACCGGCGGUUCUAUUAACCGUAAUAUUAGCCAGCUAGCAAGCAUGGUGGUUACAACAAUAUUAAUCUGGGUCGUUGACUAGCUAACCAUAAACCGACAUGAACUGUUGGCUAGUGUGAUUUUGAAACAAACCAGGGUAAGUUUCUGAACCCGCCCACCCGCGCAGUGCAGACCAGGUGGGGUUCGCGUUAACGAAGCAGAGCUUUCUAGGGAAGUGUUAAUUCUGCCUGGCAGCCACUGGAUCCGGCAAAUCGGUGCACUUCUGCAAACUCUGUUGGCGAGCGAGUCGGGCUAGCACUGGGGCUUGGUUGGAUGAGAUGAAUGUGCUAUAACGUUAACUGUCCUAGCUAAGUACAGCCGGACUUGUUUUUUACGUGGUACUAAAUGUUGCAUGUUCUACCCUUGAUUAAGGUGGCUAAUACAACCAGCAUUGUUCGCUACUUAAACUAGCACAUAGCUUACUAGGUGUAUAACGAAUUGGCUAGCCACUCGCAUUCGAAGAUAUUUGUGAUCAUUUUGCUGGAAAACGAGUUUAGCUACUACCAUGUUGCUAGCAAAGUGUUGGUUAGCUGGUCUGUUGACGGUUGUGAGGCUAGGCGGCUAGCUAAAUAAAGUAGCUGCUUGUCUAGGGCGUUUUAACGAACAGAUGGGGGAUAACCAAAAACAUUGCCCUACUACGCUACCAAGGUUUAGCAACGGUAACAUUGCACUAAAAAUGUUGGUACUAGUUGUCAGCUAACGUUAACUUUGCACAUUGCCGGUUUCUGUAAGUUGCAGUCAAUUGAUGGUCUUGUCUCGUUCGCAGCGCGAGUCGAAGCUAACUAACGUUACACUGCGCCGGAUCAACACUGCAGAAGUUAACCCACCUAGAUAUUUAACGCAAGCUUCCAGGGAGUCAUUACAGUAAUUUGUGUGGAUGUCGAAUUAAUGUUUUGCUGUCUAGUCGGAGCGAUGCGACCAAUCGAAGUCUGACAUCUGAACUUUUGGAUUUGAUGUUAGAUGGCAGGUGGCGUGGUAACGCUAAUCUACAGAAACACGAACCUGUUGUCUUUGUGCGAGUUUGGUGCCGUGGAAAACCCUUUCUCUGAAGCUGGCAAGAGGGCGCCUUUCAGAGAGAAGCCUGCCAUCGCCCCACCAGUGUUUGUGUUCCAGAAAGAAAAAGGUGCAAAGAGGUCUGCUGAUGGGUCCAGUGGGGAGGAUGGAGAAGAUUCUGAUCAGGAGGAUGGGUGCUACUGCCCCCCAGUGAAGAGAGAGCGGACAUCGUCCCAAACGCAGUUCCCCCCCCCGCACUCUGUCUCGAAGAAUAAUGUGUUCCUGCCCGCCAAGUUCUGCCCGUCGCCCACAAGAAACUCAGACUCUGAGCCAGAGGAGAAGACUGUGGGCUUUCGCCUGAAGCCGCCCACCCUGAUCCAUGGCCAGGCUCCCAGUGCAGGCUCUGUUCCAGGUGUGCCGAGUCAGAAGCCCAAGGAGCAGCAGCGCACCGUGCUCCGCCCCGCCCUCCUACAGGCCCCGCCCACAAAGACCCUCACCCAGUCCACAGACCCCAGCUGUGGGACGAACGGUGUGAACAAGGUGUCGGAGGAGCGACCGGUUACCCCGGGCAACAGUGACACGGCAACUGCCGAGGGGGAGGGGACCAUGUCAAAGGACGGUCUCCAGAGAGGCGGGGCUGGCUCCACGACCCCCCCCACAGACUCCUUCGUUUUCGGCCAGAACAUCAAAGACAGAGCAAAGGUAGAAGGCAGUACUGACUGCACGCACGGUGAAGCUGGUUCUCUGACUGCAGACUCUCACUCAGAGGGAAAUUACUUUCUGCAAUACAUCACCCCCCCUAGCUCGCAGUGCGCUGUCAGUAAAGCCCACUCAGAGGCCAAGUUCAUUUUCGGCCAGAACAUGUCCGAGCGAGUCCUGAGCCCCCCAAAAUGUGGUGACUCAACGGCAGAUGACUCUGAGACCCCCGCUGCCCCCCCACCCCAGCUCUCAGCACAGGAGCCCCCCCCUGAGAAAGUGCACAGUGGGGCAGAGUCUCUGGAGGAAUCAGCAGCUGCCUACACCAAGGCCAUGGCCCGACACUGUCUGCUGGAGAAGGUGGAGGUGCUGACUGGGGAGGAAUCUGAGAGUAACGUUCUCCAGAUUCAGUGUAAGCUGUUCGUGUUUGACAAGUCGUGCCAGUCCUGGGUGGAGAGGGGGCGGGGCCUCCUGAGGCUCAAUGACAUGGCAUCCACUGACAACGGAACAUUGCAAUCCAGAUUAGUGAUGCGUACACAGGGCAGUCUCAGGCUGAUCUUGAACACGAAGCUCUGGCCACUGAUGCAGAUGGAGAAGGCCAGCGAGAAGAGCCUCCGCAUCACAGCCAUGGACACCGAGGACCAGGGAGUCAAAGUCUUCCUCAUAUCGGCGAGCUCCAAGGACACGGGGCAGCUGUCCGCAGCGCUGCAUCACCGCAUCCUCGCGCUGCGCAGCCGGGCCGAGCCGGACGUGGAGGCGGAGCCAGCCCCGCCCGCCGCCCCGCCGUCCAAUGAGGACGACAGCGACGAGGACGCCACGCCCCCCACCGCCUCUCCAGCCCCGCCCACAGCCAGCCCCGCCCCGCCCUCAGGCCUGUCGGAGCCCGGUGAUGCCCAGGCCUCGGGGAGCUCAUAGCCCUGCUCUCCCUGCAGGCAGCGGUGCGGCCGCCUCAGCAGGCCCUGCGCCGGGGAGGACCCGGGGAGGACCCGGGGGGGGGGUGCUUUUGUUCUUUGGUUUUUUCACUGCAGAGCGACGGCGCCAUGUUGCGACUGGAAACUCAUCAUAUUGAUGAGUAGGAGGAGCCUCUGGCCCCUCCCCCCUAUGAGCAGGACGAGUUUGCUCCUCCCAUUUAAGGCGUGGCACAUUUGAACUGUUUAAAGCACGGGACCUUUGGCCUCCACCCCUUAGACUGCCAAUCUGGGGCCUGACACUUCCACACCACCCUCCUCCCGUUCUCCCCCCCCUCUUUCUCUCUCUCUCUCUCUCUCUCUCUCUCUCUCUCUCUCCCUCUCUCUCUCCCCCUCUCCCUCUCCCUCUCUCCCCCUCUCCCUCCCUCUCUCUCCCUCUCUCCCCCUCCCUCUCUCUCCCUCUCUCCCCCUCCCUCUCUCUCCCUCUCUCCCCCUCCCUCUCUCUCUCUCUCUCUCUCUCCCUCUCUUGCCCCCCUCUCCCUCUUCCUCCCCCCCUCUCCUGCUCAGCACUGUACCACUGUUCUCCACUGUUACAUUUUUAUUCCGUUUUGCUGAAUAUGUUUAUUAUUAUUUUUGUUUUUUUAAACUGGACACCAGCACCUAACCCUGCCUAUUACACCUACACUGCUCCUGUCUCAGAACUUUGAUAUUAUAAACCAAUAAAGAUGCUCAAAACCCCAGCAGUGCUGAACAGGGUCUGUUCAUGAGAGGAUUACAGACAAUAUCUCACCUGGAGGGUUUCUCUGAGGGGAAGCACAUAGACUUGUAGUCAACUCUGGAUAAUCAACAGACAUUCUCUAAACCCUGCUUUCAAUUCCAGUACCAUUUUUGGGGUGUGGAUUGUGUUGAAACUUAUUUUUUUAUCAAUGCUAUUAUAAGGUUUUUCAUAUUUCAUUUUGUUAUUGAGCACAUGUUGGCGUGGAGUUUGUUUCCUUUGCUGUGUACAUUUCCUCCCUUCUCUGGGUGGGAUGGAACCUUGAGUAAAAAGGCAAUGUUUUUGACAGAA